GAUUGUGCGAAGCGAAGUGUUUUUAGCUGCGUUGAAAUCAAGCAAAAUGUGAAAGUGAAACGUUGUGGUUAUUAUCUGUCUUCAUGAAGUCAUGUCUACAUUAAAAUUUUAAUGAAUUUCAAAAAUUUAUAUUUUAUGAUAUUAUAAAAGAUUGAAAAUUAUUUAAAGAUAUUAUACAUAUAAUGCGAUUUAUACUAAGUAACUAUAUUAGUGCUAUAUACUUAGUCAUAAUCAGCUCUCUCGCAUUACUCAACCAAGGUUCAGCUCAACAUUUGAUCGCUUACCUCUCUCAACAUGGUCUGCAUGGUGAAAUCACAUUCCGCCAGUUGAAUACCACUACAGUGGAGAUCAAAGCUAAUCUUGAAACUACUUUGCAGUAUCCAUAUCAGGUUUGGAGUUGGGGUGUGCGUAAGUUUCCAGUAGAUUACACCGAUGUUAACCCUACUGGUCGCUGUGAACUGGAAAAAUUGGGUGAACAAAUAGUGAAUUUCGAAAAUGACCUUGAGUAUUUGGUACUACCGGGAAACGAAACUACUAGUUGGUAUAGGCAUAUGCAACUGAUUGGUGAAAAUGGAAUAUGGGGCAAGUCAUUGGUGCUAACGGAAAUCUCAUCUAAUGCACGCAUUUGCGCUACCAUAACGACGAUUCAAAUGUCUGUUGAACACAUGGCUGAAGCUAGAUUCCAUACUCCGAUUGCCGGUUCUGUGCAUUUCCGUUGGUUAGCACCUACAGAUGAUACCAAUGGCGAUACUCUCAUUUACUCGGAUCUAUAUCACAUACAGUCUCAACCCAUCACUGAAGACCAUACAAAACCAAUGACCACUCAUCAUUGGAAAAUUUACGUAACGGAUAUUUUUAAAAAUGAUCACCAUCGCACUGAGGAAAAUUGCAAUUUCUUGCAACUCGUCUUUGAUCCACAGGGCAACGGCGUUGGAAAAGGAAUUGGAGACUUGGAUAGCAGAUUGGGAAAACUACGUGUUGCAAAGAAUGCGUUGCGUUCACCACAGCGCGCUGUUUUUCGAGAUGCAAAGUUAGCUUUACUCCCUUCCGAUUUAACCAUACCACACCGCACACUAUAUUUGGUAUUAUUCGAUAAUCAACAUCCCGAUAAUUAUUUGGCCUGUACAAAAAUAAGACAUGUUAAACAAUUGACCUAUAGAUCUUUUAUUAACAAAGAUGGCACUAAAGUUGAACUAACGAUGACACAACGCUCUAAAUUCGAUCCAACAUUUUUAAAUUUUACGACAGUAUCAACCGCUUCGCAAGUUCAUACGAUUAUCCGCAAGUUCGCAGAGGACGUCGCGUCUUAUAGAGUGAAUAUGCUGCCUCCAGUACCAUAUGAGUUGGGUCAGUCAGGGUACUGCCAAUCCACUGCCCAAAUAUACAAUCCACUCGAGCUAAUUGACAACAUACCUCCACCAGGUUAUGGCACUCAGGAUCAAUAUCCAAUAGGAGAUCUUAGUGGCAAGUUACAAGAGCGCAACAAGGAUUAUUAUCAUCACUAUAUUCUACCAGGCACAAGCGCUGAACUCAGUGGUUUGUACUGGGAUACUUACUUGCCGUUACAAGGAAUUUAUAGCAUCGCUCACCGUAGUCUUGUCAUUAACAAUUACAACCGCACCAAUAUAGAAAAUAUCACAGAAUCAAUUUGGAGUUGUAGUACAAUAACACAAUACCAAAAAAAUAAUAUUUACCAGAAACCGAUGUUUACUGCACAAGUACUGUUUCGAUAUCCAAUAGUAGGACGAGUGCUAUUUCGACAGCCAGCAGAAGAAUCAUGGCAAGACACUACUAUUUUAUUCGAAUAUUUAAUACACGCGGACGGCUCUACACAAAAUAACACGUUCAGUCACCGUUGGGCGAUACACAGCAGCGCACCUGGCAAAGAUUUUUAUGACUGGCAAAAUCGUUGUAUUUCUGCUGGAAACAUUUUUAAUCCUUAUAAAGUUGAUUGGGGAAAUCGAAGCUCUGAUGAUUACUGCAAACCAUAUUUGCCCGCCAUGUGCAAAUUAGGUGGCAUGGAUACGCGUAUAGGAACAUUAAAUAUAGCAGGCAGUAAAAAAAGUGCACAAAAGUUAAGCCGUCUAUUAUUUACUGACACUAAUCUGCCACUCUCUGGUAGACACAAUAUACUGGGAAAAUCAUUGGUAAUUUAUGAUGACUUUGGACCUAAAGCGAGAGGUGAACGCCUAGCUUGCUCGGUUAUAAUUGGAUAUUACCGACGAAAAGUAGUGGCAAAGGAUUGGUACGCCAAUGGCGAUGAGUUGAGUGUAAAUGGAAAAGUAGAAAUUACCCAACAAUCAGAAUAUGACAUUUCAAACGUAGAAGUACAAUUGAAGGGCUUGAAGGAGAAUAGUGGGUAUCAUGUACACAUGACACCAGUAGAAGCGAACUUAGCAUUUCCAUGUGAAGAAUCAACGCUGUACGGCCAUUGGAAUCCGUACAAUGUAAAUCCCAAAAGUUCACCAUUACCCAGACAAGGCACUACAGAUCAGUACGAAAUGGGUGAUUUAAGUGGCAAGUUCGGCACACUCGAAAAGUUAACACAAUAUGAGGAUGCCUUCAAUGAUACAAGUCUACCACUAUUUGGUUAUAACAGUAUCAUUGGACGAUCUGUAGUUAUUCACAAGAAACAGCGUAAUGCACGUUGGGCCUGCAGUACACUUGAACGUGGUUAUAGUCCAAGUGAGGCGAGAGAGUUGAGAGCUAUCGCUUCAUUCCAUCAUCCUACAGGUUAUGCCUACGGUUACAUUAAAAUGACGCAGUUGAUACACACUGAUGGCAGUCAAUCUGAUACUGUUAUUGAGGUAAAACUCCGUCAUCCAGGCAAAAACGAUCGCAAUGUGACAUUUAAUCACAACUGGCAAAUUUAUGUGAAUCCAGUAGGCGUUGAUGCUGCUGUAAAGCCCACCAUCACACGCUGCGUAGCUGGGGGUUAUGUUUGGAAUCCGUACUAUACACAACUAGCAGAUCCUUUAAAUCGUGAUUUAUAUGAGCAAGAAUGUGGUCCAGACAAUCCCCUGCGGUGUUAUGUUGGAGAUGUGGGGGCACGACUUGGUACAAUUGAUCUUGGCAACGGACGUGUCGUCUUAACGGAUUCCAACUUUCCACUUGAGUCACCUGUAGGUGCUAUAGGCCGGUCAAUUGUUAUAUUUGGACCAGAACACUCACAUGAACGAUUCGCAUGUGCCAAUAUAGAACCAGAUCAUAACAUAAUAAAAUAUAUUAAUUUGCAGAAGCCACCACGCUUUGUUGUUGCUCAAUUUUUAGAGGAACUACGAACUGUUAUGGGUAUACCCGAAUGGAUGUUAGAUGUGGACGCACGUAAAACAAAGGAGCUACAUAAUGGGGCUUGCAUUCAAAUGAUUAUACAUUUUAAAGGACCAAUAGCACAACGUUUGGAGUUGGAUAUGUCACGACUUAUAGCUGCAGGACGCCUAGAUGCACCUAGUCUUUAUGUACCGGGCUAUGUUAAUACAAAACGCAAACCUACAAUAUCCUAUCGGACAUGCGGUGUUCGAGACCCGAAUGAGAAAAGAACGAAAACUUUCAAGAGUGGGAUUUCUAAUGGUGUUCAAUUGAUACCAAAGCACUUGCUAAGUGUUUUGAUGUUCUUGAAUUUACUUUAUCUACUUUAUUAAAAUUAAUUAAUUGUUGUUGUGAUUUAUAACUAUACAAAUAUUGUGUGAAUGCAAUGAAUUUAGUCAGACCUCAGUAGUUAAUAUUUCCCAUUGUUGUAAAUUAUCUCCAAUAUUCUAAUAAUUAUUAUUUUUGGAAUUAUUUUUAUUAAUCUACAGAAAUACA